UCUGGAACAUGCUAUAAAUGCCUAGUGUCCUACCAAGCAAAAGAGAAAAACUUUCCCAAUUCUCAUUUCAGAACAUGGCGGGAACAGCUUCGUUUCCCUCUUCCUUCUCAGUAGGAAACUGUACUAUCGAUGUUCAAGGAAGUAAUUUCAUAUGCGAAUCAUCGAAUCAAACUAAUGUUCAAAUUUCAUUACCACAUGGCGGGAACAUCAAAAUACAAGUUGCAGAAGCUGGUGAUUCCACUUUUGGAGAUCAAUCUUUCUUGGUUAUUAAUCCCAAAGAUAUCGAUAGCCGUAGCAAAUCACUGCUUCAGGAAGUACUAAGUAUCUACGCCAAAGAGCUACCUGCGAUGAAUUAUGCUGCAAAUACCGGAAAGAAAUCACAGUUCCUUGAAAAAUGUGUGUCCACUGGGAAAUAUUGCACCCUGUUGUUGAAAUCAAAGGACAGAAAUGCAUCUGGAACUGUGAUUGCUGCAGUAACUUAUCAAAUAAUUCCUGCAGACACGCGAUAUGCCGAGGUUCCUCUUGCUGCUGUCUGUUCAAACUAUCAACAAAAGGGGAUUGGUAAGCUCUUGUACUCUGAGUUGAAAAAGAGGCUUCAAAGUAUCGGAAUUCGUACAGUAUUUUGCUGGGGUGAUCAGGAAUCCAAAGGGUUUUGGCUUAAACAGGGGUUUGUGCCGACUGCUGAAGUAGACAACAAGGGUAAAGUUUCCGGACUUCGAAUGAAAGCCAACAUUCGGAAGGCUUUGUGCUUUCCAGGGGGUUCCACUCUCAUGGUUUCUCAUCUCAAUAAAGAUAUCAGCACCACAACAAACCCUUCAAAUGAUCCAAAACUGUGCUCUCCAUUAAAAGGUCAUGUGAACUCAGCAGCAUCUGUAUCCAUUCAACGUCAAGAAAUGCAGGGUACUGGAGAAUGUGAUAAUAUUUCAAAAGAUGGUCCUUCCCUGGAAGUAGCAUUACCAGAUCCAACCCUUCCCCAGAGUGAAAACCCUAACCCCGAAUUACUGGUUAAUGGUGGAGGCACAACAAACAGUAAUAAGUUCAUUGGCUCUUCCCCUAGAAGUGGUUCAGUAGAGGAUUGUGAAAACAGUUCUCUUAAUGGAGUGGAAAGUAACAGGGAACUUAAUCUCGUAACAUUAGCAGAAAAUGCAGAUAAAAAGCACUGUUCUUGUUCUGGGCAAGGUGUUAAAAGAAGGGCAUGGGAAGCCUCACUGUCAUCAUUAAAGUCUAAAAAAGUAAAGGGGGGGCAUUGUAGUGACUGCCAUGUAGAUUUCACUUGUGAUCUCAGUCUGGAAUGUGAUCUAGCUGAUAUUUCUGGCUCAUUAGGUUCUUCAGGAGACAAAUCUUGUAGUGAAGUUAUCCUAAAAAAUCUUCCAAUGCUCAACAAUUGUCAAGUGAUUCAUGCUGCAGAGAGUAGAUUGGCUAAUAUUUUAAUAGAUGAAGGUCGUGGACAUGAACUUCUAACUGGAGAAUGCCAUAGAGUCAUGCUAAUGAACAUUGCUGAUGAUGUUAAGAAAUCAUUUCUGACCAAGAUAAUUCAAGAUCUUGGUGGUGCUGUUGUGUCAGAUGGAAGUUAUACCACACAUGUUGUUACUGGGAAGGCAAGAAGAACGCUGAAUUUCUGCACAGCUCUGUGCUCUGGAGCUUGGAUAAUCUCAACUAGUUGGUUAAAAGCAUGCUUCAGGGAAGGCAAAUUUGUUGGUGAACUUCCAUUCAUAUUACAAGACGAAGAUUAUUUGUUGAAAUACAAAUCUGAAUUGAAAGAUGCUGUUCUUAGAGGAAAAGCCAAUCCCGGUGGUCUGCUUGAAGGUUAUGAAGUCUGCUUUGCCAAACAUGUUCAACCUCCAGUGAGCACCCUGUCGGCCAUUGUCAAGUCUGCUGGCGGACAAGUUCUCCUUCGAUUAACAGAAGUGAAAAAUCCAUCCAAAACUAUCUUUGUUGCGUGUGAAGAGGACAUGGAAGAUGCAAUGGUAGCUGCAAAGAAAGGGUUAAUGACCUACAGUAGCGAGUGGUUUAUGACCUGUGUCAUGAAACAAGAGCUUGAUUUCGAGUCUCCUCAAUUUGCAGAGUCUCUUUAAUUGUUGCAAGAAACUUCGGUGGAUUUCAUGCAUAUACAUGUACAUAUCUGGUAGUUACUCAUGCAUGAUGCUUUUUUGUUUGAUUUCUAGGAAGCGGAAGUGUCUAUAUAUAUCAUGUUAGUUUAGAGCCUGAUGUGUUCAGUAUGGAUCAACAGAAGGAAACAGAAGUAUAUCUUGAAAUGGAACCAUCAUGCAAUUAAUAUCUUUCAUUUUUAA